CUGCGAUGCAAUUCAUUUCAUUGAUCAUACCGGUUUCAACGAGAGAGCGCUUCGGACGCCUUAUCCUUCUCCAAUAACACAUUAAAUACUAUAAAAAAAAUGGAAUUCGUAGGCAAGAAAUAUAAGAUGACCUCCUCGGAAAACUUUGAUGAAUUCAUGAAGACUAUCGGAGUUGGUCUGAUCACUCGCAAAGCCGCCAACGCGGUGACUCCCACCGUAGAGCUCAAGAAGGACGGCGACGCGUACGUGCUGGUCACCUCAUCCACCUUCAAAACCACAGAGAUGAAGUUCAAGCCGGGUGAAGAGUUCGACGAGGAGCGGGCUGACGGUGCUAAGGUCAAGUCAGUGUGCACCUUCGAAGGCAGCACUCUAAAGCAGGUCCAGAAGGCUGCCGAUGGCGUGGAAGUUACUUACGUGAGAGAGUUUGGACCUGAAGAAAUGAAAGCUGUAAUGACUGCGAAAGACAUCACCUGCACAAGAGUAUAUAAAGCACAAUAAGCUCAAGACUGUUAUGUAAGCCCUUACACGUUUCCGGUUCCUUCAUAAUGUAUCCUUAUAAUAAUCUAUUAUUCCAAAGCAUAAGUUUUUCUUACAAUUGUUUUAUAAAGGUUUGUAUGGAGGUCAAGAUAUUUAACAUUCAGUGUGUAUUGAAAUAAAAGUUUUUGUAUA